AUGGAAACGCUAAUCUUAGCUGCAGAACAUAGGAAUCAGUAUCAUCAUCAUGGGAAGAAAACUGUUGGACGACAUAGUGAUGGUUUUAGAUCCAAAACUUUCAGGCAAAUCAAUUGCAGAACUUUCCAUUAUGGAGUGGGUUUGCUUCCAAGGCCAAAGAGAACCUCUUCAACGUCUUUAACCAAAGGAUCUCUUCCUUGCGGUAGAACCAUUCCCAUUCCCAUUCAAGGCUCUCAGAUCCGUUGUGAGUUUGUUGACAAAAGGAGAAGCCUUUCUUACUCUGAGCUUUGGGCAGGUCCUACUUACUCCAACUCUCCUCCACCUACUUCUGUCCCCAUUCCUAAGUUCUCUCUCACGCAAAAGAGGACGGUUUCUUUGAGCUUCCCACCUCCCCACCCUACUGUUGAAGCUGCCAAGUCUGCGCCUGUUUCUCCAACCUCAUCUGCUGAUAACCCUUUUCACACUACUGUCUCUGCCACUGUGACACUGCGUCGCAUGCUCAACCUUGACCAUGAAUGA